ACGCUCUCGUAAACUAUUAUCGAGGAUGGGAGACGUCUGUGCGGCAAGUUGGUGCGAUGACAUUAUCUCGCUUUUAAAAAUAGCUCUCGCAGGCUCGACUGCUCGCGAUAGAUAGCUCAAUUUCGAGGAACGAAUUUCAAAUUUUUUUUAUAUAAUCAUCAUCAUCGUCGUCAUCAUGGCAAGCGGCUCAGUAACCGGUGGCGGUUUUUUACCCUGCGUAAUUUUACCCUGCGAUCUCCCAUGGUGGUGGACGGAGAUCGUGCCGCAGCUGGAGAAGGCCCGAGACGCCGAGACGACCAAGGAGCUGAUCGACGCGAUGCAGCGGCUCAUUCAUACCUGCAACGUCAGUAUCGACGCGAUUCCGCCGAGGAGGGAUCCCCUCGCGCUGAGCACCCUGAGGCGCUGGCUCGACGAGCAUCUCGACCCGGCGGAAUUUCAGCACUACUUCAAGAGGACGAUACCGAGGAUAGCCCAGUGGGCCAUCGAUCUCAAGAUCCACAAGCCCACGGGCGGCUUGUGCUUCAGUCUACAGCAGUUUGAGGGCGAGACAGAACAUUCCUACAAAUUCAUCGCAUCGCUCGUGGCGAACGCCUUUUUUUCCACUUACGCCAUGAGAACGCCCACGUCUCAUCCCUCGCUGCGCGACUUCAAUUUCACCGGCUUCUUCAAGCAUCUGCUCUUACCCAGUCAACAAGCCAAACUGCGCUGCCUCUUCCGAUAUUUCGACUAUCUCGAUGAGCCGGGCGCCACCGAGGGCAAAAUCCUCAUCUCGCGCCAGGUGCUCAAGUCCGAGAACUGGCUGACGAUCGAGGACUGGGCCGAGUCCAAAGUGCCUCUCUGCGAUCUGACCAUUAAGUACGACGGCCGCAUGGAGGACAGCGAGAUCGAGUACUGCAGCAAACAAAAGCAGCAGAAGAAGAAGAAGAAGAGCAGUCCGCCGGCGCCGGUGCAGGUCUGCUUCGCCUCCAAGCACGUGGGCUCGCGCGUGCUCCAGGAGGGCUGCAAUCAAGAGUGUAUACAAUUCAUCACCCACCCCGAGCUCUUGCCGAUCCUGCUGAUGUUCGAGUCGCUGGAGGACAACGAGGCGCUGAUCGUCAAGGGCGCACGUUUCAUCGGCACCAUCAGCGAUCCCAAGAGUUCCUCCGGACGAUUCGUGCCUUGCGACGAUCCCCAACCCGUGACGAUGUGCUGCAUCGAUCCGGACGACUUCUCGACCGAGCCGUACCUGCAGUACCUGGACUUUAACAUCCUGCGCGAGCUCAACAAGUCGAUGCUGGGCUUCAGGCAGCGCCGGCCGCCCGUCGAGAAGAAGACGGCCAGCGCUCAGCCGGCCCCUGCGGUUCCGAGUAACAAUAAUAAUGGCAACUUGGAGGCCACGACGGCGACGCACAAUAUCAGCAGGCUGUCGCCGAUCGGCGAGCAGUCCAGCGCCCAGUCGACGCCGUCCAAGAAGGACAUAGUCAACAGCAAGCCCGCCGAUAAGGACGAGAAGGAAAUCAGCAAGGAGAACGCGCAGGAUGGCAAAGACAGAGCUGCGGCAGCAGAGCGGGAAAAUAAUAUUAAAAAUAGCGAUAACGGUCGAGAGAAGGAGAAGGAGAAGGAGGAGGAGGUGGAGGAGGAGGAGAGCAGCGGCAACGGCUUCAGCCUGCUGAAGGCCAAGCGACGGGCCUUCAUCGUUCUGCACUCGAGCCGAGAGAAGCUGCCGAUCAGGAGAAAGUCGUGGGCGGACGCCGCGUGCAGCACCAGCACCGUCAACAGCAGCGCCAGUCUCAGCACCGAGAGCUUUCACAGCGCCAAGGAAAAUCUCUCCUCGGCGACCUCGAGCAAAUCGUCGUUCGACACGGACUCGAGCUGCAGCGAUCAUCAUCAGGCCGGCGGCGGCGCGCCCAACGGCCACGAGACCCGCGUCAGACGCAAGAGUUUCGCCCAGAGGCUGCAGUCCGCCGUGGAGCGCGAGGAGAAGGCCAUCCGUAGCAACGGCGACUCGGUCUCGUUGCCCGCCCAUCCGGACGACUUGCAGCAGCCGCAGCCGCUUCCCGACGCCGCUGGCGACGGCGACAGUGGUGUAAGGCCAGUGGCGGCAGCAGCAGCAGCAGCUCGGCCGCUGCAGAUGGUGGCUCAUCGAGCCUACAUAUCGGAGGACCGAGGCGAGGAGGACGGUAGGACGCUGCAGAGGAGACUGUCGACCGGUUUUCAUCUGAUGGACGGGCCCGAGAGCGACGAGAUGCUGCGCAGAAGCUUCGAGGAUCUCCGAGGAUUCGGCCAGGAAUUCCAGGAAGAGGCCAAGGAGGUGCUCACGCACGCGAUCGAGACGUGGAAGAGGAAGAUGUCGGCGCCUGCGACGACGACGACGACGACGCGCGAGGUGGUCCCGGCCUGCAACGAUAUCGGCUGCGAUCAACAGGUCUUCGAUUUGACCCAUCGGCUGUUGAAGCGAGCGCUGAGCGAGCCCCAGGCGGACACGACCAAGGCUGCUGCGGCCGAACGGCAGCAGCCAAAGGGUGAGAAGGAGGAGGAGGAUGACGACGUCCAGCACAGGUACAAGUUCCUGCUGACGAUCAAGAGCUUGAGCCUCGAGAUGGCCCGCAGAAGGUCCAGCGUCGACAGCAAUUUCACCAGCAGAUCGAUAUCUCGAGAGACCAGUCCGGGUAACGACGAGGACGCCGCCGCCGCCGCGUUACUGCCCGUGGUGACCGGUAACUGGGGCUGCGGAAGGAGAUACCGGGGCGAGCACCAGCUCAAGCUCUUCGUCCAGUGGAUGUCGGCCUCGAUGGCCGGCGUGCCCAGACUCGUCUACUACACCCGAGGACGCGAGGAGCUGGCCAAUCUCGAGCACAUCAAGCGAACGCUCGCCGAGCGCGGGUGCACAGUGGGCGAUCUGGUGGCCGAGGCGCGCCGCUACGCCGAGUCGGUGCUUCGCGAGGCCCAGCAGUCGGUCCAUGGCGCUGGCGAUCAGCCCCCCGAGGCGCGACUCGACGAGGUCCGUUCGUCGUCCCGCUUGAUCAGCUCGUUGUUCGAGGGGACCAUCGAGAACGCGCGGCGUCGUUUUUAGGACGUCGACGACGAUGAUAUGAACCGACGACGAUUUCAAAAAAAGACUUGAUUAUCGCCAAUUUUUUAUACAUAAUAAAAAAAAAAAAGAUUGCACGGACUGAUGCUGUGAAACUUCAUAUAGACUCGAAUAUCUAUAGUCGCUCGAAGCUAUAGAUAGCAAUAAAUAAAUAAAAAAAGAUUCCGAUCUUCGUUGAAACAAUUGUGCGAAAAUUUACGCAACGAUCGACAAGAAUUCAUCUGUUUUCUAUUGUUCUGUGGAGAUCGAUCUAGAUGCCUAUCAUAUAUCUAUAGAGAUUAUAUUUACUGACGAAACAAAAUAUUUACGAAUCAUUACUGUAUCAAAAUAGAAAGACGAGAAAUAGGUAAACUUUGUGCCACAUUUAUCAGCCUAGAGCCAACGUUGUGUGUAAAUAAAAAUAUUAUUUUUAGUAAUUAAAAAUAACGAUAAAUAAUGAUGCAUUUCGUUAUCGUAGCAAAUACAACAAGAAAUCAUAUCGACUCGAUUCUAUUUCAA